AUGCAGGGAGGCAUGAACGAACACCAGCUGGACACCGGGUUGCUCUGCAUCACGAACGUUUCACUCAUUAGUGGGCCGCAGCGUGCGGAGGAGGACCUUCACGAGUCUGCCACGCAGGCCGUGCGGCUGCUGCUGGGAGAGUGCCAGGAGCUGCCAACGAGGACGAAGCGUGGGAAGUUUGAUGCCAGCACAACGCUUGUGAAGCUGCCGCAGCCCGUCAUGCAGCUGCCGCGCGAGAAGGCCCCACCGAAGCCAAAGCCUCUCACCGCGUGGGAGAAGUUCGCCCUGAAGAAGGGCAUCGCUCUCAAGCGAAAGAAGGGCAACCGCGUCUUUGACGAGGAGCAGCAGGUGUGGAAGGACAAGUGGGGCAAGCGCGCCCGCGAGGACCGCGAGAGGCAAGACUGGCUGCGGGAGGUCGGCCCGAACUACGUGGCGCAGGAGGAGGGCGGCGACCCGUUCCUGGACGACCGUAGGGCGAAGAAGGCCCGGUUGGAGCAGCAGAAGAAGAAGGAGGAGCACAACAAGCGCCGCUCGGAGCACAUCGCCCACGCACAGGAGGAGGUAAAGCAUCUCAGCGCCGUGACAAGACACCUCGCAACGGCGUCCAACGGUAAGUUUGACAAAAUUUCAUCAAAGAAGAAGGGAAAGAAGUGA